AAUUUUAUGUUUAUUACUGUUUCAGAUAAACCAAUUGUCAUUGUACCAACAUCUGCAUACAUUGUCGAUGUUGACAGCUCUAUCACUCUAGAUUGCCAAGUUACUGCUGACCCAACUCAUAAUUUAAUCUAUUGGCAAAAGGUAACGGGAGGCAAUACAGAAACUAUAACUAUUAAUGGAGGAAAAUACAGUGGAUCAUCAGUGAGCGAUCCUAGUCUUACCAUUUCAGAUGUUCAACGCAGUGAUGCAGGAACAUACUUCUGCUAUGCAACAAACAUCGUGGAAACAGGAUCGAGUACCCCAGUUGUCCUAGCUGUCGCUGGUAACACCCCAAGUGUCAGCUUGACCCACAAUGACAUAGCUGUCAACAACGGAAAUAAUGUGACCAUUGGAUGUAUUGUCUCAGCUAAUCCAUCGCACACAUCUGUAUAUUGGCAGAAAAUGUCGGGAGGACAAACGAUAACUAUUGACAUGACAAACACAAGCAAAUAUGCAGGAGGAACCGUGGCAACACCAUCUCUUCAUAUAAUCGGAGCUGAUACAAGUGAUGCUGCUGAUUAUGUCUGUUUUGCUGCCAACUCUGUUGGAACUGGUCAGAGUAAUCCAGGAUCUCUUACUGUUGCUGGAAGUGCUCCUGUGGUCAAUGUUGCAUCAAAUUCUUACUCAGUCAACAUAGGCAACUCAAUUACAUUACAAUGUACCGUGCAAGCAAACCCUUUCCAUACAUCUGUAAAAUGGCAGAGAGUUGAUAACAAUGGUAAUGCUGUCGAUAUCGAUAUGACAAACAGUCGAUACACUGGUAGUGCUGUAAACUCACCAUCUCUGGUCAUCAGUCAGACCAUGAAAUCUGAUGAAGGGCGAUAUGUUUGUUUGGCCACAAAUGCUGUAGGAACUGGACAAAGCCAGCAGACAUUCUUGACAGUUGUAGGAAGUAUACCAACUGUAACUGUAGACCAGUCAUCAUACUCGGCCAACAAAGGAUCAGAUAUCACACUACAGUGUUCAUACACUGCCAAUCCUGCUGCAACUAUGGUCAGAUGGGAGAGAACUAAUGGAAACUCUGUCGUAGACAUUGGAGAUACCACCAAUAAUAAUAGAUAUGGUGGUUCUACAGUUAGUUCACCAUCACUUAUUAUUUAUAAUGCUGAGGAGAGUGACGAAGGAAAUUACAAAUGUAAAGUUACAAAUAGUGUUGGUACAGGAAUUAGUACAAUAACCAAUCUGGAUGUAGUUGGAAACACUCCAAGUGUGAAUUUGACCCAAAAUAACAUAACUGUUAACUACGGAAAUAAUGUGACCAUCGGAUGUGUUGUCGCGGCUAAUCCAUCUCACACGUCUGUAUAUUGGCAGAAGAUUUCGGGAGGACAAACAGUUACUAUUGACGUGACAAACACAAGCAAAUAUGAAGGAGGAACAGUGGCAUCACCAUCACUUUAUAUAAUCAGAGCUGAUACAAGUGAUGCUGCUAAAUAUGUCUGUUUUGCUACAAGCUCUGUUGGAACAGGUCAGAGCACUCAAGGAACUCUGAAUGUUGCUGGAAAUAUACCGAUUGUCACAGUACCAACAUCUGCAUACAUUGUCAAUGUUGACAGCUCCAUCACUCUAGCUUGCCAAGUUGCUGCAGAACCAACUCAUGAUUCAGUCUAUUGGCAGAAGGUUAUAGGAGCCAAUACAAACAUUAUACAGAUAGAUGGAGAAAAAUACAGUGGAUCAUCAGUGAGCCAUCCCAGUCUUACAAUUUUUAAUGCUCAGUUUAGUGACACUGGAGCAUACUACUGUUAUGCAGCAAACACCUUGGGAACGGGAUAUAGUACCCAAAUUAUCGUAGCUGUCGCUGGUAACACUCCAAAUGUCAGUUUGACCCAGAAUGCCAUAAAUGUCGAUUACGGAAAUAAUGUGACCAUUGGAUGUGUUGUCUCGGCUAAUCCAUCUCACACGUCUGUAUAUUGGCAGAAGAUUUCGGGAGAACAAAUAGUUACUAUUGACAUGACAAACACAAGCAAAUAUGAAGGAGGAACAGUGGCAUCACCAUCACUUUAUAUAAUCAGAGCUGAUACAAGUGAUGCUGCUAAUUAUGUCUGUUUUGCUGCCAACUCUGUUGGAACUGGUCAAAGUAGUCUAGGAACUCUUACUGUUCUAGGAAUUAUACCAAUUGUCACUGUACCAACAUCUGCGUACAUUGUCAAUGUUGACAGCUCUAUAACUCUAGCCUGCGAAGUCACUGCUGACCCAACCCAUAAUUCAGUCUAUUGGCAGAAGGUUAUAGAAGGCAAUACAGAAACUAUAGCAAUAAAUGGAGGAAAAUACAGUGGAUCUUCAGUUAGCAAUCCUAGUCUUACCAUUUCAAAUACCCAGUUAAGUGACACCGGGUCAUACUACUGUUAUUCAACAAACAUCUUGGGAACGGGAUCGAGCACUCGGAUUAUCAUGGCUGUCGCAAGUAUGAAUGACGCCGUUCCAGAUACUACGGUGACAGAAUCUUCAGGAAAUCAAGUAAUUGUUCCUGCAAUUCUUGGUACCAUAAUUGCAUUGAUGGUGAUUGUUUUUACGGCGUAUGUAGUUACAGAGAAAUAUAAAAAGUCUACUCGAACAAAUGGCAAAGUUUCUAGACGCGCAAGUGUGGUCCAUCCAACGUCGAAAGAAUCGAAUGGUAAACAGGUAAAUCCUCUUCCUGUCGAGCAAGAUACCAUUGAAACGGCUGAUACAUUGCCCAGGGAGCACCAAAUGAGUGAACCAAACAAGUUUCAAUCGCUACCACCGAUUGAUAACCGACAAUUCAUAACCGACAAAAAUUUACUUGGCAGACCGAUGUUAUUACCUAUCGGAAAGGCAUCUGACCUUAAUGUUUAAUGCUUCGAUUAAACUCAGGGACCCAUAUAUGUUGGAAAUUUGUGUUACUGUUACGUUCUAAGCCUCGUAGUGUGUGUGUUUGUGUGUGUGUGUGUGGGUGUGUUAUAUAAUUGGUUCGAGUGCGAUAUGUUAUCUGUAUAAUAUCAUAAAUCAAGAACUAUUUAGGAAUAAAGUAGCUAAACAUUA